AUCUGUACUGAGCACGAACCCACAAGUGUGCGUGUGUGGCUCCGCGGCCUCACAUCAGGCCCCGCCCUCGCCCUCGCCCUCAGACACACACUGACACACGGAGGCAAGACCUGGCCUCGGCUGGAGAGGCUCCGCUCCAGCCACUAGCCCCAGGGCCCGUUUAGCCUCCUCCCCUAAAGGGGGCCCCCCGGCUGCGCCGUGCCAGCGCCGAGAGUCGGGAAGAAAGUUCGCAGCGCCUGGGGAGUCGGGCCGCCGCGGAAGGGGGCCAGAAGGGAGGGAUCUCCCCGCCAAGCUGGUGCGGAGCGCCGCGUCCCAGGGGCUCUCGCGCCGCAGCCGGACCUCAGCCCUCCGGGCCGAAUGGGACUCCCGAUCUGUGUCCGAGGCGGGCGCUAGGAGCCCGGCCCGAGGCGGGGAGGAACUUCUGCGAGCUGUCGCCGCGGGCCCUCGUCGUCUGCAGGAACUCUCCGGAAUCCUCGGGGAGGACUGGAUCGCGCUUCCACUAGGAUUCGUCAGGAGUUCCGGCGGCCGCUGCGGCGGGUGCAGAGUCUCCCUUUGUCCUCCUAGGACCUCCCUCCCUCUGUCAGUUAGUGGGUCCCGCGGCCCCAGGCGCCGGCGCCCUAAUUGUCGGCAGUCCCCCACUCCAGGGUGCGUCCCUGGUAUCUGCUACCACCUUAGCGUCCCCACCAAGUGGAGCCGAGGGGGCUGCGAGCAGAAGGGCGUUACAGGCCCUUGGCCGCGCGAUGGUGGCGGGGCUGUCCCUGGCCCGCAGCCCCGGGAGCUGGCUGGUCCCCGGGCUGUGGCUGCUGGCGCUCAUCGGUCCUGGGGGGCUGGUGGGCGCCCAGGAAGAGCGUUCCUGCAAAGGAGCCUUUGAUCUCUACUUCGUCCUGGACAAGUCUGGGAGUGUGGCGAAUAAUUGGAUUGAAAUUUACAAUUUCGUCCAGCAACUUACGGAGAGAUUUGUGAGCCCUCAAAUGAGAUUAUCUUUCAUUGUGUUUUCUUCUCAAGCAACCAUUAUUUUGCCAUUAACUGGAGACAGAGCCAAAAUCAGUAAAGGCUUGGAGGAUUUAAAACGUGUUACUCCAGUAGGAGAGACAUACAUCCAUGAAGGACUAAAGCAAGCAAAUGAACAAAUUCAGAAAGCAGGCUUAAAAACCUCCAGUAUUAUAAUUGCUCUGACAGAUGGUAAGUUGGACGGUCUGGUGCCAUCAUAUGCAGAGAAAGAGGCUAAGAUAUCCAGGUCACUUGGGGCUAGAGUUUAUUGUGUUGGUGUCCUUGACUUUGAACAAACUCAGCUUGAAAAAAUUGCUGAUUCCAAGGAACAAGUAUUCCCUGUCACAGGUGGAUUUCAAGCUCUUAAAGGAAUAAUUAAUUCUAUACUAGCUCGGUCAUGCACUGAAAUUCUGGAAUUGUCACCCUCAAGUGUCUGUGUGGGGGACAAAUUUCAAAUUGUGUUGACGGGAAAUGGAUUCAUCUUGGGAAAUCGGAAUGCCAAUGUUCUCUGUACUUACACUGUAAACGAAACAUAUGUGAAGAGUGUAAACCCAGUAAGUGUGGAGAUUAAUUCUAUGCUUUGUCCUGCACCUACCCUGAAUAAAGCUGGAGAAACUCUUGAUGUUUCAGUGAGCUUUAAUGGAGGAAAAUCUGUCAUCUCAAGCUCAUUAAUAGUCACAGCCACAGAAUGUUCUAAUGGGAUUGCAGCCAUCAUUGCUAUUCUGGUGUUACUGCUACUCUUGGGCAUCGGUUUGAUGUGGUGGUUUUGGCCUCUUUGCUGCAAAGUGGUUAUCAAGGAUCCUCCUCCACCACCACCUCCUGCACCAAAAGAGGAGGAAGAAGAAGAACCUCUCCCUACCAAAAAAUGGCCAACUGUGGAUGCUUCCUAUUAUGGCGGUCGAGGGGUUGGAGGCAUUAAAAGAAUGGAGGUUCGUUGGGGUGAUAAAGGAUCUACUGAGGAAGGGGCCAGGCUGGAGAAAGCCAAAAAUGCUGUGGUGACGAUUCCUGAAGAAGCAGAGGAACCAGUCAGACCUAGACCACCUCGACCCAAACCCACAUACCAGCCUCCUCAGACAAAAUGGUACACACCAAUCAAGGGUCGUCUCGACGCGCUCUGGGCUUUGUUGCGACGGCAGUACCACCGGGUGUCCUUGAUGCGACCUCAGGAGGGGGACGAGGCCUCACCGGGCCCACUGGCAGAACUCACUGCUGAACUGAAGUCCUUGAUCAAGUAAUUGAAGUUCAGGCAUAAAGUAUCAAAGCGGCGCGAGCCGUCUGCGGCGCUGUGGCGCGCUCCCACUCCCUGCGCGCCGCAGCUCCCGCCGAGGGGGCGGCCUCCGCGGCUGCACGCGGGCCGGGCGCGGGCUUUGAUUGCGGCCACAACUCCUCCGAGUCAUGAAUGUUUCAGCGCGCGGCGCGCGAGGUUAGGGCCGCGCGUGCAGGUGUAAGCUAGCAGGUCUUCGCCGACAUCUGUUCGCCGCAGCGGCACGGCCUCGCCAGCCCGCAGCGAGCGGCCGGACUGUCAGCCGACGUAGUUGAGAGCGGCAGAACCAUUUUGGUCUCACGCUCGCUGCCUGGAGGCCCGAAACACCAAAGGUAGGAGCGGGGGUGGACACAGCUGCGCUCCCAAACUUGCCUUAGGCACAAAUAAAGAGAUCUAAUGCACUCUGACUCCGUUGCGGUGGGGAGACGAGGACAGAAAGCCACUUCAGAGACAACUUAACGCUGCAACAUCUGCCGCCAAGUUUCUAGGGAGUGACGGGGGACAGCAGGUACAGAUUGAAGUCUGCACACAAACAGCCUCCAUUAAGCCAUGGACUCUUUUGAAGGUCCUCCAUCAAACAUGCUGGAGUCCGCAGCAGGAGUUUGUUUGGUUUUCAAAGCAGUUUUGUUUUUGCAAUAACAAGGUAAUUUAUAAAUGAUGCAUUACCAUGCGUUCUCCUUUUUUUUUUUUAAUUUGAAAAGAGAGAAGCAGAAAGGGAAAGAAAGGAGCAAGCACCGCGCUGGUUUUGGAGUUGUUCCCCAAACCAGUCAAGUCUCCAAGGAACUUCUUGGCGGUGAUCGAGGUUAUGUUAACCUUCAGACCGCAAUCCCUCAUUCUCCAAUAAGCAGAUGUAAAUUUAGGUACUGCAAAACAAGAACCCUAGUCAUAGGAACACCGGUGAAGUGCGUCCACCGUUUGUUUUUAAACUUGUGGAGCUUAUUACAUGAAGAGGAACUGGAAUUCGGUGUUUUUCAGAUGCAUGUCAUUUUCAGUAAAACAAAAUUUAGAAAAUUGCACUGACUUAAGUUUUCUUACUGUUUAUAAAAGCUCAAUACCUGUAGUUGGAUAUUAAAAUUUUAAGUCAGAAAUAAGAAUUACAUAUUAAAGGAAGCACUUUUCUCUUCUUGAGGCGUUUCCCCUCUAACACCUAAAUUGAGCCAGAAAAAAUAUCAAGAAUGUGUAUCAUUUUCUCCGGGAAUACUGCAAAAACUCGUAAUUGUGCACACACGUAUAUAACAAAAUUAGCAUAUUAACGUAUUAACCUGACAAGUAAAGCUCCAGGGAAUGGUAAGUAAAAUAAGAUUCUGUAGUAAUUUCAACUAUUAUGUUUAAUAAAAUUUAGGUUUCCUUACCUGAGGUAGUCCCUGUUCUGCGGGAAAAUCGUGAGGUAAAGGAAAGGUGCUGACUCAGAGGCUUCUUGGGCUUGGGAGUAGCCGGGGAGCAGUGACCUGGGGACUGAAGCUAUAGUAUGUGGUGAAGUUUUCAUCUGUCGGUGGGGAAAUAAGCAACCCAAAUGCAUAGUAACUUUCCAGUGAAACUAAAUUUAUUAUGAUGAGAGGACUUCCGCUAAAUUGCACAGGUAUCAUUUUCAUUUUUAAAAAAAUGAUUGUUGGUAGCUGCUUUAAAACAAAAAACGUCCAUUCUGACUGAACCCAAUGGCAGUCCUCUGAUUUAAAAAAAAAAAUCUACAGAAAAAAAGUACUAAUCUAUAGGUAGCGUAGCUUCAUUUCAAAGGCACCAGAGGAGCCUGCUAAACUCAGUGGCAAAUGGUACAGGCCAGACCUCCUGUUUACAGCUCCGCAUCUGUCUGUUUUUGUAUUAACUUACAAGUUUAAGUAGAGAUAUUUCUUGGUUAAAAUUGAUAAGCAAGCUUUUGAUAAUCAAAGAACAAAAAUUGCUAUAUUAGUGUAAAUCUCUGUAUGCAACUUUUUUCUUAGGGAGCUUUAGCAUACUAAAAGAAUACUUUUACAGUAUCAAGAGUUAAUGUUGGUUGUUCAGGGUUAAACACAUUUCCAUAGGUUUUGCAGUAGAGCAUUUUGACAUCAAUUAAAUUAUCCAUUUGGGAGCAGAAAUAUCAGCAUAGACACAAUUUCUAACCUUUUUAAACUUUCUGAGCAAUUUAUGUAUAGCCUAUAAAUUUAAUUACAGAGGAUUAAACAUAUUUAAAUCAUUUUAUAAUUUCUAAUAAUUUACAAAAAUCUGUAUUACUCCACAUACAUUAAACAUCCAAUUUUCAGUUGAGAGUUCAGAGGACACAGGACAAAGGGGAGGAAAGUGCAUUUUUUUGCAGACAGUUUAUUUUACCAUAGUGCAUUAUGAUGGUGCCUUUAUGUCUACCAGACUUCCAUUCAUAAGCGUUGUUAAAGGGUAGCUUCAUAACUCAGUUAAGGAAAUUGGCUUGAGUAGGAGGCUUUUAUUGUCUCCUUAUUCUUAGAAAUGAAUUUAUAUUAACAAUAUACAAAUAUAUACUUUGAAGAAAAAAUAAAUGUCUUUUAUUUGCUAAAUAUCUUUCAUUUACUUAUUUCUAAAUAAGACAAGAUUU